UUAAGGUUGUCAUAUUAUUAAUAUUAUCAUCAUCAUUUUGUAGUUCCUUGCGUGAAUUAGAAUCAUAUCCGAGUACAAGUCGAUGAAUAAACAUUUAAGCAACAAUUGUGUGAAAACCAAAUCAAUUUCAGAGCAGCGAAAUGAAAGCAUAAGAAUUUUAUUUUAAGGAUGUCAUAUUUUCAUCAUCAUUUUGCAGUUCCUUGCGUGACAAGAAAUAUUUCUUUUACAAACAAAAAAUUUCAUUAAAUAGAAAUCGGUUGUUGAUAUUUUAAAAUUGAAACCAGUAUUUCCUUAAGAAAUCACAUGAAUGUUGGCAUUUACAUGUAAAACAACAUUGUUGUUCACAUUACUCUCGUUCCCGUGCUAAGAGUGAUUUGGAUUACUGAUAUUGUAUAUUGACAUCUGUUGCUCAAUAUAAAUAUUCUUGCUCAUCUAAAGAAACUGUUUCGCAGUUUCGGUUUGUACUUUCAUUUUUAUUAAAGACUUUUGUCUGCCAUCUGAAGGCAAGAAAACGAAAAUCUAAUCUUUCGAAGAGGAGUAAUAAAGCUCGGGCUGUGAAAGUAGUUAGAAGACCUGCUUGUAAUUUUAGUGAGCACUUGCGGACUGUCAAACCCCCUCCAGCUGUGGGAUACAUACAAAGACGUUUUAUAAGAAGAUAUCGUGCAUAGGCUGGAUGGCACUCAAAUGACCUAAUCAUUAACUGAGCUUGGUAUUGAUUUAGGAUAAAAUGAUUUCCAUAUCUGGAAAAUGUCUCUCUGAUAUCGGCCUACCCACACCGCAGCGAAGAGGGGAAUUAUCAAGCGAAGUUGUGAAGGAGCUAAAUUACGACACCGGGGUCUUAGAAGUGCAGUUUAAUGAAAUGAUACUACUAUUUCUUCCCAAGUAGCGUCAAGUCUACGAAACGAUUCUGCACCGAGUAACAGUGAAGAGGAGGGAUUAUUCUUUCUUGACGCACCAGGAGGUACGGACGCCAAAGAAAUUAUAUCAUUCUCUGAACUGAAAGUCAGCAAGUGGAGUACACCACUACAAGGUGUUCUUACUUUGAAUAUAAAUGGAAGAAGAACGGAAAAGUCAUGAGGAUUCUGAUUCCUCCUCGGAAGAAAGAGAAACCAGAAGCGAAAACGAAGGUGGAAACUCUCAGGACGUUGAAAUGACUGAAAGUGGGACUGCUGUUCACUGGGAUGAAAGAAAAACCCUUACAGAUGCGCAAAUUGCUGCUUUUCAUGAAGAGACUUUAGCACGAAUCCAUUUGUUCCAGAACAUUGAAGAAGCUCUGACGAAUCGAAGUCCUUUGACUCGUUUGGUUAGAGAACAGCGUUACUGGAGAUAUGUUUCACGUUGUCAAUCUGCAGCUGGAUCAAAUUCGCAAGGUUUUGAUAUAAAUUUGCAAGCUUCUUCUCAACAAGAGGAGAGGACUUCAGAACAAAUGAGUUUGUUCCAGAACAUUCAGGAACAUUCAGCUCCAAUGAAUCGAAAUCCUGCAGCUGGUUUCAAUAGGGAACAGCGUUACUGGAUAUAUUAUCCAAUUUGUCCAUUGGAAAGUGGACCAGAUUCGCAAGAUUUUGAUUUAAAUUUACAAGCUUCUUCUUCUCAACAAGAGGAGAGGACUUCAGAACAAAUGAGUUUGUUCCAGAACAUUCAGGAACAUUCAGCUCAAAUGAAUCGAAAUCCUUCAGCUGGUUCCAAUAUAGAUCAGCGUUUCUGGUUAUAUUAUCCAAUUUGUCCAUUGGAAAUUGGAUCAAAUUUGCAAGGUUUUGAUUUAAAUUUUGAAGUGCCAGAUGUGACAUAUAUUGAGUCUCCUCAACAAGAAGAAGAUGUCCCCAGUGACGGACAAAAUGAAGAUUUGGAGCUUCGAAUAACAUAUCCCUUUUUAGAAAAUGGAUUAGCGAAAAAUCCACGUGGAUCUGAUUUUGCAGAGCCUGAAUGCAUAUUUGUGAAUGAUAUCUGUGAAGAAACUGAUGACUCCGGAACAAAACAAGAAAAACAUGUGUUGCGUGUUACAUAUGCCUCGAUAGAAAUUCGCCCCUCCACGGAUGGAAAUUCCACUGUUACUUCAUUAAAUCUGCAAGAUUCCGAACGAUCUUGUUCGUGCACCUUUAAUGAUAAGACAAAAUCCGUAAUACCUGGAGAAAAAGCGAAGCAUCUCCGGAAGUCACGAAGUUGGUUGAAAGGAGGCGUAUCUCUCGAUACUCCUUCGGAUCAAAGUCCGAGAUUUCGAUCUGCUCAGCAGCCAUAUUCUCGAGUUCAGAGAUCACGAGCAUCUAUUAGAAGAAAUACCCAAAAUGACUCCACUGGUGGAAAAGAUGAAUCCACUGGCGGAAAAGAAAAGGACGAGAUGGAGGUUGGAAUUACACAUCCCUCGAUAGAAAAUGGUAUACCUACAAAUCCACAAGGUUUUGAAUCAGAUUUUGACGGAAAUAAUGACAAAAAAGAAACAGAUGACUCCACUGGCGGAAAAGAAAUGGACGAGAUGGAGGUUGGAAUUACACAUCCCUCGAUAGAAAAUGGUAUACCUACAAAUCCACAAGGUUUUGAAUCAGAUUUUGACGGAAAUAAUGACAAAAAAGAAACAGAUGACUCCACUGGCGGAAAAGAAAUGGACGAGAUGGAGGUUGGAAUUACACAUCCCUCGAUAGAAAAUGGUAUACCUACAAAUCCACAAGGUUUUGAAUCAGAUUUUGACGGAAAUAAUGACAAAAAAGAAACAGAUGACUCCACUGGCGGAAAAGAAAUGGACGAGAUGGAGGUUGGAAUUACACAUCCCUCGAUAGAAAAUGGUAUACCUACAAAUCCACAAGGUUUUGAAUCAGAUUUUGACGGAAAUAAUGACAAAAAAGAAACAGAUGACUCCACUGGCGGAAAAGAAAUGGACGAGAUGGAGGUUGGAAUUACACAUCCCUCGAUAGAAAAUGGUAUACCUACAAAUCCACAAGGUUUUGAAUCAGAUUUUGACGGAAAUAAUGACAAAAAAGAAACAGAUGACUCCACUGGCGGAAAAGAAAUGGACGAAAUGGAGGUUGGAAUUACACAUCCCUCGAUAGAAAAUGGUAUACCUACAAAUCCACAAGGUUUUGAAUCAGAUUUUGACGGAAAUAAUGGCAAAAAAGAAACAGAUGACUCCACUGGCGGAAAAGAAAUGGACGAAAUGGAGGUUGGAAUUACACAUCCCUCGAUAGAAAAUGGUAUACCUACAAAUCCACAAGGUUUUGAAUCAGAUUUUGACGAUGGCAGACCAUGUUGUUCGUACACAUGUAAUGAUAAGAAAAAAUAUAGAGGAGCUGGAGAAAAGAGGAAGCAUCUCUGGAUGUCACGAGGUUUGGUGAAAAGAGGUGUAUCUCGCGAUACUCCUUCGGGUCGAAAGCCGAGAUAUCGAUCUGCUCGUCAGCCAUCUUCUCGAGUUCGGAGAUCACGAGCAUCUAUUAGAAGAGCUAUAAGGACACUUCGAAGAAAAAGUUCCUGCUUGGCCCGAAAACUGAAAAAGUCAGACUAAGAAAAAUUUUUACGAAGUGGAUAUUGUCAAAUGUUCUGCAACAUAUCUCUGAACUCCGUUCGUGACCCUACAUUGGGUCGUCAUUCACAUAAGUUUUUCCAUAAAAAAACAUGUAUACGAAAAAUCACAUAAAACUGAUUUGAUAAUUUAA